AUGCAUCACCCAAAUUCCACAUCGCUCGCGAUAGUUUCCUACAGACGACAACAUGAGCUCUCUCAAGACAUCCAGCUGAAAAAACAGAAGAUCUCGCAUCUUUCCCACGAGAUCACACGUAUCAAGACCAAAAAUGCUACCAAAGAGUUGGAGGUAUGGAAACUUGAGGACGAAGUGGUCCAGCUACGGAAGCUGUACGCAUCUGUCAAGGCAAACAUCGAAAAGCUACACGAGUACGAAGAAGACUCCCUACGUACUCUUGAUAACCACUAUGAGCUUGGCUGCAAGGAGAUCGAUGCUGACCUCAAUCGAAAAUUGUUGUCGUUGAAGGAGAGAGUCACACGUGAGGUUGAGUCUCGGAUUCAAGAGGCUAAAGCGAAAUCAGCAGAAACUAGAGAAGCGCUUGUAGAGGACAUUUCACGACUUUCCGCUGAGCUCUCUGCUCUGAAAACGGAGUUGGAACUCAAGCUAAAAGUCUUGCAAGAUCAGUCCAAAAAACAGGAACAGAGCUUGAGGCAGGCUUCAGACGUAGAGCUUGCCAGACUUAGAGACUCAAAGUCGCAGAUCGAUGCAACAAUAGUUUCAAAACGCGCACAAUUGAAGGACGCCCAGGAAUUACAUGAGAAAUUGGAAUCUUCAUCGAAUAAACAACUACAGCAGAAGCUUGAGUCAUUGGCCUCUGCAUACUCAGAGAAGGAAGCAGGGGUACUUGAGAUCCAGCGGAAAGUUCAACAAGUGAAAGAUCGCUUGAAAGCCGCAGAGAGUGUAGUUAGUACUCAAAAGAACCUCGUGGAAAAAUAUCGGCAAGAAACAUCCUGGAUGCAGCAGCGCCUACCACUUCUUGAGAUUCAAAGAAGGGAGCUACACAACAAAUUGCAGGAGCUCAAGGGUAACAUUAGGGUUUUUUGUCGUGUUAAACCCGCUGAAGCUGCCUCAUGUGCAAGUUUCGAUAUCCCCUCCACCGAGGAGUUCAAUUCGAACGGUAAGCAGGUUCUUACCAUUUCCUCUUCCACUCCGUCUUCGUCUUUCUCAGGUAAAGACAUUCGUUCCUCACAAUACUCUUUUGAGUUCGACAAAAUUUUUGAUCAAAGAUGUUCCAACAGUGAGGUAUUCUCCGAAAUCGACCAGUUAGUACAGUCUUCUUUAGAUGGGUUGAAUGUCUGUGUCUUCGCUUACGGCCAAACUGGCUCGGGCAAAACCUGGACAAUGUCUCAUCCGGAAGACGGCAUGAUUUCAUUAUCACUCAAACGAAUCUUCUGUCACAUAUCUGAUUUGAAAGAGCAAGGUUGGGAGUAUAGUAUUGCGGGUCAAUUCGUUGAGAUCUACAAUGAACAGAUAAUUGAUUUGCUAUCUUCUAAAACGAAUUGCAAACACGAGAUAAAACAUGACGAUAUCAAAUUGCAAACUGAAAUCCUGAAUUGUUCUACCAUCAAGCUCAAUGAUGAAAAUAACGCAAUUGAACUUUUGACCUUGGCUAAUGCUAAUAGAUCAACAGGUUUUACAAUGGCAAACAGCCGUUCUUCAAGAUCGCAUUCUAUCUUCAUCAUCAAGAUAUCUGGCCUCAAUCAGAAGACCGGGCAACAAACAGAGGGAACUUUGAACUUGGUAGAUUUGGCAGGGUCAGAGAGAUUGAACGUCUCGCAAGCAAGAGGUGAGCGCCUCAAGGAAACUCAGGCAAUCAACAAAUCGUUGUCAUGUCUUGCUGAUGUGAUUUACAGUCUUAGUCAACGACAAAAUGGUCUGAAAAAUGCACUGAUGGUUCAUGUACCUUACAGAAACUCAAAGUUGACAUUUUUGUUGAAGCACAGCCUCGGAGGUAAUUCGAAAACAUUGAUGUUCGUGAACAUCUCUCCAUUGGAAGAGCACCUCAACGAGACUAUCAAUUCUCUUCGAUUUGCAGCCAAGGUAAAUAAUACAAAGAUCAGUUCCUAA